GAAGAAACACGUUUUUGACUUCGGAGCGCGAACUUUUUUCUUAAUACCUCCAUGGCUAACAUCUAACGUUACUGACUGCUUUCGAGACACUUUUAUUCCGUCUUUGCUUUAUAAAAUGGCAUCAGUCGUCCGAUACAGCACAGAAGAAGAAGAAGAAAAAGCAGAAGGACCGGAGCUGGAAAGUGAAGACGAUGAAGAAUCCGGAGCAGAGAGUUUUCUCACAGAUGAAGAGAUGGCUUAUCUAGAGGGAUGGGAUCCAGUUGAGGAUUUUGAUGAUUACCAACAAGAUGAUGAGGAGCCUAGAACCUCUCCUGUAUUACAACAUGACAGCUCCCCUGCUGAAGAUCCCAGCACCUCACCUGCUGGACAAGAUGCCAGCCCCUAUGCUUCUACAAAAGGAGAGCAGCCACCCCAGCAUGGGAGAAAACGUGGACAGACUAGAGCACGAUCUCCUUCUCCGCCACACAGCCGGGCACAGGGAUCCAGGUCCAAGCGUGCACAACGUUUAUCAAGUGGUCGGACCAAAACCAGAUCCAGAUCUCCUCGGAAGCCACCGCCGGUAUACUCAGCCACUUCCUGGACCACUGAGGAAGAUCCUGAUGCAUGUCCAGAGACAAAAAGGUUUGUCCCAGCAAGACCCCCCGGACAUAAACUGAACCCGGACAAAACAUACACACCAUUGGACCUUUUCAAACUGUUUUUCAGCAAUAAAGCCGCUCUAACCAUUUGUAAUCACACAAAUAAACAAGCUGCUAAAAAAAUUGCAAAAGGAAAGAAAUAUACAUGGACAAACAUCACGACGGAGGAGUUUUUCAAGUAUGUGGGACUGACUUUCUUUGUAGCAUUGGUAAAACUGAGUAAGAUUAGUGAUUACUGGAAAAAAAACACAAUUUUUAGUGUCCCAUUUCCAGCCAAUGUCAUGACACGUGACAGGUACCAAGUGAUAUCUUGGAACAUCCACAUGAGUGAUCCUGACAAAGAUGGUGAGAAUGACAGAAAGAAAGGGACACCACAUCAUGACCGCCUGUUUCGACUGAAGCCCCUCCUGGACACCAUCAAAAAUGCUUGCUUAGCAUUUUACCACCCUAGGCAGAACCUUGCGAUUAACGAGAGGAUGGUGGCGGCAAAGGCCCAUACUGGAAUGACGCGACCAAUGAAAGCAAAGCCAAUCGCGUAUGGUUUCAAACUCUUUGUUUUGGCUGACAGCAGCAAUGGCUACACUGUGGACUUUACUGUGUACACUGGAAAGUCACAAUUUGUCUCAGGUGUUGGACUUGCAUAUGACUCUGUGAUGUCCUUGAUAAACAAGAAAUAUCUGGGCAGUGGCUUUCAUCUAUAUGUGGAUAAUUUCUACACCAGUCCAAAACUGUUCAAAGAUCUGUUUAGCCUGAAUGUCGGAGCAUGUGGUACGUACAGAGACAACAGAAAAGCUUAUCCCCACACAGACUCAAAUGCGCUGAAGAAAAAUGCUCCUAGAGGCUCCAUCAGGUGGAUCCGUCAAGGCCCACUGGUUUUUGUGAAGUGGAUGGACACACGAGAGGUCUCUAUCUGCUCUACAAUCCACCCGGCAUUCUCUGGAAACACUAUGAAGAGGAGGGUCAAAACAAAGGGUUACAACUGGACCACCAAAUGCAUUCCAUGCCCAACACCUAUUAUGGAAUAUAACAAGUACAGGGGCGGUGUUGAUUUGUCUGACCAGCUGAUACAGCAUUACACUGGACAUCACAAAAGCAUGCGCUGGUACCAGACCUUGUUCUUCCACUUCCUGGACAUUGCGGCCACAAACAGCUACCUCCUCCACAAAGACCUUUGCAGAGAGAAGCAGGAGGAACCCAUGAGCCACAAGGACUUCCUGGAGGAGCUUACAGCCCAGUUGUGUGGUGUCACAGUUAAGACCCCUUGUGCCCAGACACACAGUAGCCACGUACCUGUGGCAAUCACUAAAGUACUUGAUGUAAGCAGGAGGGCCUCUUAUGGACGCAAGUCCUGCAUUAACUGUAGACAGACCAGGAAAGCCAACCAGUGUACCCCCUGGAAGUGUAAGGAGUGUGAUGUGGCCCUCUGUGUCAUUGCAGACAGGAACUGUUUUGAGGCAUGGCACAGCUAAUGUUUUGGACAAAAAGGAACAGGGACUUGACUAAAAGAA